AGAGACUGAUUUACUGAAACUGCGGCUACCGCUUUGGGAUCGGGAAGGAAGAAAAAAGCGCCUCAAAACGAUGUCGUCUCGUCCUUUCGACGACGAUGGCUACCUAGGCUACGAUCCUCGCCUUGCUUCCCGGCGAUUCGAGUCUUUCUCUAACUUCGACGCCGACUCAGUUCCCGAUUCCCCUCCUGUGUUCUGCAAUCAGUCGUACGGUACCGGAGAUGACGUGUUCGUAUCACAACCGAUGCCGGAAACACAUUCUCCGGUACCGAUCUAUGGUAGCGAUGCCGGAUACUCUUCUCAUUCAACGGAGCAGAACGGGAAAGGAUUCGAUGGAGAGUUUGGAGGAUCGGAUCGGCAGAUCUUGCCUCCGCCGGAAGAGAUGGAGGCGGAGGGAGGGGCUGCGUUGAGAGAGUGGCGGAGGCAGAACGCGAUCCGGCUAGGGGAGAAGGAGAAGAAGGAGAAGGAGAUGCUGCAGCAAAUAAUAAAGGAAGCCGAGGAAUACAAAGUUGAAUUCUAUAAGAAGAGAGUUACAGCUGCUGAAAAGAACAAAGCUUCCAACAGGGAGAAGGAGAAGAAUCUUUUGGAAAACAUGGAGAAGUUUCAUGCCGAAGCCGAGAAAAACUACUGGAAGGCGAUCGCUGAACUUGUCCCCAAUGAGGUACCAACUAUAGAGAAGAGGGGAAAGAAGGAUAAAGAAAAGAAACCGUCUAUUGUCGUGAUCCAGGGACCUAAACCCGGGAAGCCGACUGAUCUCUCUAGGAUGAGACAGAUACUUGUGAAGCUAAAGCACAAUCCCCCUCCCCACAUGAAGCCCAAACCACCAGCAGAAGCCAAGAAAGAUGCUAAAACCGCUACUGCUGCUGCUUCUACUACCUCAGGUGCCGAUCCAGGUGCACCUCCCCCUAAGACGCAACCGUAACUACUCCAGACUCUGUUGCCGCUGCUUGAGAACUGGACUUGGAGAACAAGUAAUUUGUGUGAUUAUGAUAGGUUUAAUUUGUAUAAUCCUUUGCUUUCUGUUUUCAAGGUUCUUAUGGGCAUCUGAUAUUUAGACGUCUAGCAGUAUCUUGUAGAAAUUUUAUAUGCACCUCACCUAUUUUGGUUG